AUGCCAAAGAAAACUUUUAACAAAUCCAUCAAAAAUGCAUUUAGAAUCUUUCAUACAAUUGAAUUCACCUUUAAAUUUCUCAUAAUUCUUCCCACAGAAAAUUCUUGUGAAAAUCCAAAAGACUUGGAAUGUGCAAGGAAAAAAAUCAGCUUAAAUGCGGCGGAUUAUUACAGAACAAACACAACAUUGCGUCCAUCGGUAAGUAGACCACUUGAUUUUUUGUCCCAGAUAUUCCCUAGUUUCACUUUUUUAAUGCAACUGCAUAUGCACAUAAAUGAUGCAGCAAAACAACUCACAGGAAUAGCUUUCAAAGUUUGCGCUUCGGUUAAUCUUGCAGAAUCAGUUUGA